UUUUGUGAGCCUUUGCUUUUUUCUUUGUCAAAAAGGAAAAAAAAAAAUGCAUCCUCCAGAAACCACCACCAAGAUGUCUUCAGUUCGGUUCAUGGUGACACCAACAAAGAUUGAUGACAUCCCGGGUUUGUCAGACACCAGCCCGGACCUCAGCUCUCGAUCUAGUUCCCGAGUGAGAUUUAGUUCCCGAGAAAGUGUGCCAGAGACAAGCCGUAGUGAGCCUAUGAGUGAACUGUCUGGGGCCACCACUUCUCUGGCUACUGUUGCCCUAGAUCCUUCCAGUGACCGGACUUCUAACCCCCAGGAAGUUACCGAGGACCCGAAUCAGAACUCCGUCACAGGGGAGCACAGCCAGCUGUUAGAUGAUGGACAUAAGAAAGCUCGAAAUGCUUAUCUCAAUAAUUCCAACUAUGAAGAAGGAGACGAGUAUUUUGAUAAAAAUCUGGCACUCUUUGAGGAAGAAAUGGACACUAGGCCAAAGGUGUCUUCUCUCCUCAACCGCAUGGCCAACUAUACUAAUCUGACACAGGGAGCAAAAGAACAUGAAGAGGCAGAGAACAUCACCGAAGGGAAAAAGAAGCCUACCAAGAGCCCCCAAAUGGGUACUUUCAUGGGUGUCUACCUCCCAUGUCUACAAAAUAUUUUUGGAGUGAUCCUCUUUCUGCGUCUUACCUGGGUAGUGGGCACAGCCGGAGUCCUUCAGGCCUUUGCAAUUGUCCUUAUCUGCUGCUGCUGUACAAUGUUGACUGCGAUCUCCAUGAGUGCCAUUGCCACUAAUGGAGUGGUACCAGCCGGCGGCUCAUACUUCAUGAUUUCCCGGGCCCUGGGCCCAGAGUUUGGUGGGGCUGUUGGCCUCUGCUUUUAUCUUGGCACCACAUUUGCAGCAGCCAUGUAUAUUCUUGGUGCCAUUGAAAUUUUUCUGGUGUAUAUUGUUCCCCGAGCUGCCAUUUUUCGAAGUGAUGAUGUGCUCAAGGAGUCAGCAGCCAUGCUCAAUAACAUGCGUGUGUAUGGCACAGCCUUUUUGGUCCUCAUGGUCUUGGUGGUAUUCAUUGGCGUACGCUACGUGAAUAAGUUUGCCUCACUUUUCCUGGCCUGUGUAAUUGUGUCCAUCUUGGCUAUCUACGCUGGUGCCAUCAAGUCUUCCUUUGCUCCACCACACUUCCCGGUCUGUAUGCUGGGCAACCGCACCCUGUCAUCAAGACACAUUGAUGUUUGCUCUAAAACCAAGGAAGUUAACAACAUGACAGUGCCAUCAAAGUUAUGGGGAUUCUUCUGUAACUCAAGCCAGUUUUUUAAUGCCACCUGUGAUGAGUACUUUGUUCACAAUAAUGUCACCUCAAUCCAAGGCAUUCCUGGGCUGGCUAGUGGCAUCAUUACUGAAAACCUUUGGAGUAAUUAUUUACCAAAGGGUGAGAUUAUUGAAAAGCCAUCAGCCAAGUCAUCUGAUGUCGUGGGCAACUUAAACCAUGAGUAUGUCCUCGUUGACAUCACCACCUCCUUCACUCUCCUGGUGGGGAUCUUCUUUCCUUCUGUCACAGGUAUCAUGGCUGGGUCAAACAGAUCCGGAGAUCUGAAAGAUGCUCAGAAGUCCAUUCCCAUUGGAACCGUCCUUGCCAUCCUGACCACAUCCUUCGUGUAUUUAAGCAAUGUUGUCCUUUUCGGUGCAUGUAUUGAAGGAGUUGUUCUCAGAGACAAAUUUGGGGAUGCUGUGAAAGGUAAUUUGGUUGUAGGCACCUUAUCCUGGCCAUCCCCGUGGGUGAUUGUUAUUGGCUCGUUCUUUUCAACAUGUGGGGCUGGACUUCAGAGCCUCACAGGUGCACCGAGGCUGCUACAGGCUAUUGCCAAGGAUAAUAUCAUACCUUUCCUUAGGGUUUUUGGUCACAGCAAAGCCAAUGGAGAACCUACCUGGGCCUUACUUCUAACUGCUGCCAUAGCAGAGCUGGGAAUUCUCAUCGCUUCCCUGGAUCUCGUGGCCCCAAUUCUUUCCAUGUUUUUUCUCAUGUGUUACCUCUUUGUGAACUUGGCAUGUGCCUUGCAAACAUUACUCCGAACCCCUAACUGGAGGCCCCGAUUCCGUUACUACCACUGGGCCCUCUCUUUCAUGGGAAUGAGUAUCUGUCUAGCUCUGAUGUUCAUUUCUUCCUGGUAUUACGCUAUUGUAGCUAUGGUGAUAGCUGGCAUGAUCUACAAGUACAUUGAGUACCAGGGGGCUGAGAAAGAAUGGGGUGAUGGUAUCCGCGGGCUGUCGCUCAGUGCAGCUCGCUUUGCUUUGCUCCGCCUAGAGGAAGGACCUCCUCACACUAAGAACUGGAGGCCUCAGUUGCUUGUACUGCUGAAGCUGGAUGAAGACUUACACGUCAAGCACCCCCGCCUCCUCACCUUUGCCUCACAGCUCAAGGCAGGAAAGGGACUCACUAUUGUGGGCUCUGUCAUUGUGGGGAACUUCCUGGAGAACUACGGUGAAGCUCUAGCCGCGGAGCAGACCAUUAAGCACCUAAUGGAGGCAGAAAAGGUGAAAGGAUUCUGCCAGCUGGUGGUGGCUGCCAAGCUGAAGGAGGGCAUGUCACACCUCAUCCAGUCCUGUGGCCUUGGGGGCAUGAAGCACAACACAGUGGCGAUGGGCUGGCCCAGUGGCUGGCGCCAGAGUGAAGACUCUCGUGCCUGGAAGACCUUCAUUGGCACAGUUCGAGUGACAACUGCUGCCCAUCUAGCCCUGCUGGUGGCUAAAAAUGUCUCCUUCUUUCCCAGCAACGUGGAACAAUUUUCUGAGGGCAACAUUGAUGUGUGGUGGAUUGUGCAUGAUGGGGGCAUGCUCAUGCUAUUACCAUUUCUACUGAAACAGCACAAGGUAUGGCGAAAAUGCAGCAUACGGAUCUUCACAGUAGCCCAACUAGAAGACAACAGUAUCCAGAUGAAGAAGGACCUGGCCACCUUCCUGUACCAUCUGCGCAUUGAGGCAGAAGUGGAAGUGGUAGAGAUGCAUGACAGUGACAUAUCUGCCUAUACAUAUGAGCGCACCCUGAUGAUGGAGCAGAGAUCCCAGAUGCUCCGGCACAUGCGGCUAUCCAAAACAGAACGAGACAGAGAGGCACAACUGGUGAAAGAUCGAAACUCAAUGCUACGCUUAACUAGCAUUGGCUCUGAUGAGGAUGAAGAAACAGAAACAUACCAGGAAAAGGUGCACAUGACUUGGACCAAGGAUAAAUACAUGGCAUCCCGGGGGCAAAAGGUCAAGUCAAUAGAAGGAUUCCAGGACCUACUUAAUAUGCGUCCGGACCAGUCCAAUGUGAGAAGGAUGCAUACAGCAGUGAAGCUCAAUGAAGUUAUAGUUAACAAGUCCCAUGAAGCAAAGCUGGUUUUGUUGAAUAUGCCAGGACCACCCCGAAACCCUGAAGGUGAUGAAAAUUACAUGGAAUUCCUAGAAGUACUCACGGAGGGACUAGAGCGAGUCCUCCUCGUCCGGGGUGGUGGCAGUGAAGUGAUCACCAUUUACUCAUAAUCAGCUUAUGGAAGAUUGUUUGGUCUUACUGUCCCUAGAAGACUCAUUGUCCAUGGAGAUGACAGCUCUUUCCUACAACUCCCACUCUAUUCUUGCGGAGCUGAGCCCCAACUAUGCUCUUGGCUGCAACAUGACCUGCCAUCCCAGCAGAAGCAAAUACUCCCUCAACAUCAGAAUGGUCAAGUCCUAAAAACUAUUUCUAUAGCAGGAGAAGGCAAGUCAAAAUUAACAAGCUAAGCCUAAGGGAACCUUUUGGCACACUGAAGGUAGUAAAACAUAUGCUAGAAAUUUAACUAAAACCAGAAAGCAAGUUCAUUUCCAACAUUCAGGAUGUAUCUCAGAAGACACAGUUCAGUGAUGGCACCAGAGAGGUAGCGGGCAGCCUACCUCAACUUAGUUUAAAAAAAAAAAAAAAACGACCAAGUAAAUGUUACCAUUGUGGAGACAGCCUGUGGCAAGCCAAGAUGGAAACUUAAAAUAUGAAUAUACAGAACCUGAAACAUAGCUGCAGCCUCUACUUCUUCCUUAAAGAUCAGAUUCCCCCAAUACCAAGUUUUAUUGUCUGGACUGUGCCACUAUAUAUUUUAACUGUCUUUCUUUUUUAAAAAGUUCUGUGGUUAUAAUGCAGACAGUGUUACUAUAGAGAUGUUUAUUGACAGGUAAAAAUGUUCUUCAGGUUUUCAAAUGGAACUAAGGGGAUUCCAAAGAGUACCUAUUAAAAUGUACAUAAACACAGUCUGUGGUUAGCUAUGCAACACAAAGCACACAAGUUAUUAUCUAAGAUAUGUAGGUUGUUAUGUAGGUGAACCAGGAGGGUCUUGUCUAUUACUCUUAGUAGGCACUGGUCUAAAAACAAAACAAAAUAAGGCAUAAGGAAGAGACACUAGGGCCGUGUGCUGUCACCUCUGAGGCUCCAGGUUUUAGAGGGGUUCAGCAGUGGAACUGGGCGUGUGAGAGCCAUUCCCUUUCCCAUACCCUUUCCACUGUGCCAAAAUCAUCUGCCUACAGUGGCAGACAGGUUUCCAUAGCCUGACAAAAGAAAUCAAUCUGUGACCUCCUCACCAAAGCCAUAGUGAAGACCUGAGGCGCUCACCUCCAUGCUCAGCUGAGCUUUUCCCCUUUCAAUAUUCUUCACUCUGGCUCCAGAAACUUGGCACUGAACCAAGUGGUCUGAGCCAAUGAUCUACUCUGUUGGUUUUGUUUUCAAAAAAGCUUUAAACGUGCCAAGGAAAUAAUUGUGUAAGCUCAGCUUCUUACUUUUCUAAGUUAUUGAUCAUGAACACCUGGCUUACCAGCUUAGGAAACUUUUGUGGCUGAGCAGUAUUUUCAAGUAUAUGAAAAGUUCAUAUCCUUUUCAGGAUAGUUAUUUAAGAAACUGUCUUCUUGCGCACAUUUGUGGCUGCUUUUAAAUUAACCUUUAUUGAUGGUAAACUGUCACUCUCCAUUACCCUGUAAAACAUGAGAUACCCAGAAUUCAGUCUAAGACACAAGAAAACCUUCAAAUAAUGGCUUAAGAAGCUGAGUGUCAUAUGACUUGUUCACCCUCCUAGGCCCAUUCAAGGUAGCAGAGGAUCCAGAAUCUUUUCCUAUUCCUCCUGCAGAGGGUAGAAACCAUUUUCUGUCCCCUUCUCAACACUCCAUUGCAUACUUGAGUAUAGAUGACUGUACUCUAGUAGAGUACAGUCAUCUAUACUCAAGUAGAGGGUUCCAAGGCAUUAACUGCCCAUUCUGUAAAAGCCAUCCUGCCCAGGAACUGCCUAACAUACCUAUCCCUGACCAAAGUGAUUCAUACUUUUUCCAUAUCAAAUACAGGCAGAGAAUAGGAUUACUUUUAGAAAGGCUGCAUAUGGUUAGAGCUACAUAACAAUCUUUUAAAGGGUAAGAGAAUUAGUGGCUAUUAAUAUAGCUAUUAUUUGAGUCGUCAAAACACAAAAUCACUGUUACAUGGAAAAAUGGUUAUUAGGCCAGAUUUAUACUCAUCUUUGUCGAGAGCAUUUCAUGUUUAUGUGUUGCUUAUGUUGUCUGUCUGCAAAGUGUCUUAUCUCUUUUAAUCACUGCAAAUAAAGCAAUACUGAAAACUUGAGAGAAAAUGCACCUUAGGGGAAGGGGCCAAAUGUUUCAAGAAGGAAGAGAAAGACCUUCUCCUGCCUUCUUAUAAGACCCAGCUUUUGUGUCUUACGUAUGAGUUUAGAAAGGCAGGCUGUAACAUUCAUUCUCCUCCUCAGCCUUCCAUAGCUACCUUAAAAGCUGGAGUUUGAACUGUAGGGUCUGCUUGACAGGUGCCACUUCCUCGUGCCCGAGGAAAAGUCACUGCUGUUCAUCUUCCUUUGCUUCCUUUUUUUGUGGCCCCAAGGAUUCCCCCAAUCCUCAUUCCCCCUAAAUGUUAAAAAAAAAAAAAAAAGUUCCUUAUUGUGGAUAUUAGAGUAAGUUACACUGUAAGCAUAUUUACACGCUUUUUUUUUUUUCCUGGUUUAUUUUUCUUUUCAUCAUGUAUAAUUUGAAUCCAGCAUUAGUUUCUCACAGCUUCCAAAAAA